AUGGUUACCCACUUUUUGCGCGUGGUUGCCUUUGCAGCGUCCGCUUGGUGCUUCGCUCUCCACCGCCGCAAUGGAACCGGCCUUGCGGUCGAUAUCGAUUGGAACGAUGUGCUGAUGGAGUCCAAGACAACUGCCACUCUACAGUCUGUAGCCAAUCCACCUCUGCUGUCCAACAGUAGUACUCGCGUCAAUGCCCUCGAGUCCCUACGUACCGUCGCGGCCGACUACGUUCGCUACGUGCCGUGGUUCCCCUAUCCUCGCCUGGCGGUUCCUGAAAUCAAUGCACCCGUCAUCAACGAGACCCACUGCUCCACCAGUUGGGAUUUUUCCUAUGCGGAUCAAUUGCUGCUUGACUUUAUGGCCAGCACUCCCGAUGUAUCGCAUAUCAUUAAUUUUAGUACUACGCCCGACUGGAUGUGGGUCACAGAUACCCCGUAUACGUAUCCCGAGGACGUCAACACAAUUGACUGGAAUUACAAUAAUGGCACCCAGCUGCGCGAUCCCUCCCUGAAAGAGAUCUCCGACUACUACCGCCGGCUUCUGUCGUGGUACGUCAAGGGCGGCUUCACCGACGAGUGCGGUGUCUACCACGAGUCAGGCCACCACCUCGACAUCGAGUUCUGGGAGAUUCUCAACGAGCCCGACUCGGAACACGAUAUUCAGCCCGAUCUGUACAACCGGAUCUACGAUGCAGUUACUGAAGCUAUUCACGAGGUAUCCCCCAACACCCAAUUCGUAGGUCUUGCGCUGGCCACGCGGAAUGUGACUUGGGUCCAGUCAUUCCUGAAUCCCGCCAACCACAAAGCCGGCACGCCCCUGGACUGGAUCAGCUACCACUUCUACGCGACACCCGACAACUCCACUACGCAGAAUGAAGCUGCACAGAGCUUCCAGCAAGCCGACACGUUCCUCGGAGAAGUCGUGCAGAUCGAGGCAGCCAGAAGGCAGAUCUCGCCUCAUACCAAGACCACCAUCGACGAGCUCGGCACUAUGGAUCCACUCGGAUCGACGACCGUGUAUCCAAACUACACCAUCCCGGAGGAGUACUGGGUAUGGAGCGGAGGAAUUUAUGCCUACAUUUUUUCCAAGCUGGCCGUUGUGGGUAUCGAUGCUAUCGGCGAGAGUCAGCUGAGCGGAUAUCCGGGUCAAUACCCGUCCGUAUCCUUGAUUGACUAUCACACCGGUCUGCCCACUGCCCGGCUCCGUGCGCUUCAGUUGAUUCAGGCUAGUCUUCGUCCUGGUGACAAGCUUGUGAAGACUACCAGUGAUGAGACCCAGAUCCACGCGCAGGCAUUUGAGACUUCCCAGGGUCAGAAAAGGACUUUGUUAGUGAACAAGCUGGAUCAGGUGGCCGGUAUCCAGGUCCCGGGCUUCCAGGGUGGAACUGCUGAGAUCGUGGAUGUGAGCACCGGCGGUAACCCUUGGCGGACGGAGAAGGUCGCUGGCAACAGUGUCAAUGUCGCUCCAUACGCUAUUGUCGUGCUUACUGAAGCCUGA